AUGGCACAAACCACUUUUCAACAGGAGCCCAUGGCCAUCGUCGGCUUUGCCUGCCGUCUCCCCGGUGGCAACAACAGCCCACAGAAGCUGUGGGAGUUCCUGGAGAGCGGCGGCGUGGCGCCAAACAAGGUGCCCAAGUCACGCUUCAAUAUCGAUGGCCAUUACGAUGGCUCGCACAAGCCAGGUACUAUGCGGCCGCCGGGUGGCAUGUUUCUGUCAGACGACAUCGAUCUCGCGCAUUUCGAUGCGUCUUUCUUUGAGACUUCGGGCUCGGAUGCGAUUGGAAUUGAUCCGAAUCAACGGCAAUUGCUAGAGGUCGUGUAUGAGGGGCUUGAGAGCGCGGGGUUAACGCUUGAGAAGCUCGACGGUGCACCCGUGGCGUGUUUUGUGGGGUCGUAUUCGUCUGAUUACCAUGCCAUGCUCAACCGAGACGGCGAAGAUGCACCACCAAACUUUGUCGCCGGGACAGCUCGCGCUAUGCUGGCAAACCGUGUCAGCUACUUCCUAAACAUCAAAGGGCCCAGUGUCACUGUCGACACGGCCUGCUCUGGUAGUUUAGUGGGUCUCGAUCUCGCAUGCCGCUCUCUGCAGAUGGGAGAAGCAAACCUCGCUAUUGUGGCUGCUAGUAAUCUUUUCCUGAACCCGGAGCACGUCAUGGAUACGGGCGGCAUGGGACAAGCACACUCGCCCACGGCUCUCUGUCAUACAUUUGACGCCGACGCCGACGGAUAUGUCAAGGCCGAGGCGGUCAACUGCUUGAUCAUCAAGAGGCUGGCGGAUGCCAUCCGGGGCCGUGACCCUAUCAGAGCAGUUGUAAGGGGCACUGCGUCCAACAGCAAUGGACGCACGGUGGGCGGCAUCGUCUCCCCCAAUUCCGUGGCACAAGCUACUGCCAUUCGGACCGCAUAUGCCCGGGCUGGUAUCAGCGACUUCAACGAGACCGCCUACCUGGAAUGUCACGGUACUGGCACACCAGCCGGCGAUGCCGCCGAGGUCAAUGGCGCAGGCUCCGUCUUUGGCCGGACUCGCGACACUGCUCGUCCACUUCUCAUCGGCUCCAUCAAGAGCAACCUUGGCCACGCCGAGCCAGCAGCAGGCAUUUCAGGCGUCAUCAAGGUGAUUCUUUCCAUGGAAAAGAACCAAAUCCCCGGCACUCCGACUUUCAUAAAGCCGAGCCCCAAGAUCGACUUUUCAGGUAACAGGGUCAAGGCCUCGCGGAGGGUCGUUGCAUGGCCAAACCAAGGCUACUCAGUCAAAAGGGCCAGCGUCAGCUCCUCGGGCUUCGGCGGGUCCAACGCCCACGCUGUCAUUGAACAACACACAGAGAUGGGUGCUGGCAAGACGUACGCCCACUCGUAUCAGACUGGUUUCCCGGACCUGGGAGACGACGACGAUGCCAAUGAACUGCCGAGCGUACUCGUCUUGUCAGCCAACGAUGCCACUGCGCUCAAAGCCAGCAUCAACGCGUUGUGCAAUCACCUGAUCAACCCGGCCAUUCGAACGCCCAUGCCUGAUCUGGCAUACACGCUUUCAGAGCGUCGAAGCCGCUUUUUCCACCGCGCUUUCGUGACAACUACCUCGUCUGCUAACCUCGACGAUGGCGACUUUGUCGUGUCUAAGAAGCUGUCGCACGAGCCCAAGAUCAGCUUCGUCUUCACAGGCCAGGGCGCACAAUGGCCGCAAAUGGGCAAGGACCUGCUCAGGUUUCCCUUGGCUCGCUCGAUACUCAAAGAGCUGGAUGAGGUUCUCCAGGCCCAGCCAAAUCCGCCUGCCUGGACCCUUUUGGCUGAAUUGACCGAGCCGCGCUCAGUCGACCAUCUUCGCCAGCCGGAAUUCUCGCAGCCGCUCGUGACGGCGCUGCAGCUCUGUCUCUUUGCCCUCUUCAAGUCGUGGGGUAUCACGCCCAACGCCGUUGUUGGACACUCAUCGGGAGAAAUUGCAGCGGCGUAUGCGGCUGGCCAUCUUGAUCUCGCUGGCGCUAUCAAGGCUGCAUUUUACAGAGGCCGCGCUGCUGUGAACCGCAAAGACGAGUCUGAAUCAGAUGUGGGUAUGCUUGCUGUUGGGCUCGGCCCUGAGCGCGUUGCGCCUUUCAUGAAGAAGUAUUUCCAAACAGGGCGUAACAUUUGGAUUGCGUGCUUCAACAGCCCAAGCAGCGUCACCGUUUCCGGCAACAAACCAACACUGGAGGCUCUCGCCGCCGAUAUCAAAGCCAGUGGGCACUUUGCAAGGCUCUUGCAUGUGGAUCUUGCGUACCACUCGCCUAUGAUGGACGUCAUUGGCGACGAGUACAGUAAACUCCUGGCUUCGGACGAGGCAUUCAGGCCGCUGAGUGGAAACACUGACGCGAAAGUUGCCAUGUUCUCCUCCGUCACAGCCAGUGAGUUGAAUGGCUCCACAGAUGCAGACUACUGGAAGUCCAACAUGGUUUCUCCGGUCCGUUUUGCUGAAGCUCUCACCCAACUCGUCGCUAACGAGUCGCCCGACAUUAUCAUUGAGCUCGGCCCCGCAGGUGCCCUGGCAGGCCCAAUCUCCCAGAUACUCAAAGACAAGGCUCUGGAGAGUAGCAGGGACGUCGUAUACUGGGCAUCUUGGGCGCGUGGAACGGGAUCAGUUAAAGCCUUGCUCACUGCAGCUGGCCGCUUGUUCAAUGCUGGUGCGCCCAUCGAUAUCUGUAAGGUCAACGGACUCGACAGGGACAAGAUGCGCAUCCUUGUCGAUCUACCCAGCUAUCCUUGGAACCACUCAGUCAAGUACUGGCAUGAAAAUGCGGCAAGUGUUGACUGGCGAACCAAGCGCUAUGCCAGUCACGACCUCGUCGGCAGUAAGGUCUUGGGAACCUCGUGGACGGCGCCUACCUGGCGCAAGCAGCUGCGGCUGAGCGACGUGCCGUGGCUGCGCGACCACACAUUGGGCUCUGAUGUCUUACUGCCCGGCGCAGCGUUUGCUGCCAUGGCUCUCGAAGCCAUGUACCAGAAGCACUGUGCUCUGUACCCCGACGAGACUGAGAAUGUCACUGGGGCGAACGACCUGUCAUACCGCUUCCGCAACAUCAAGUUCGACCGCGCCGUUGUAGUCGAAGACUCCAAGCCGACAACGGUACUGUUGACGCUGACUGGUGUGCCUGGGAGCAAGGACUGGCACGAGUUCCGCGUACGGACCACGGCAGACGACGUCGUCUACGAGCACUGCUGGGGCAUGAUUCGCGUGCAAGAACCUCUGGCCGACGACGAGACGUCGCGAAGCGUAGCAAGUGCUCCGUUACGCCACCCACAAGCUGCUGGGCUAUGGUACAAGAGACAGGACGAAACCGGCACCCAUUUCGGGCCGUCGUUCCAAAAAAUCAAGCAUUUCGAGGCUGUCAGCGGGCGCCGCGACUGCCGUGCAGCUCUUGAUCUAACGCCGCCGCCGUCGCGAUGGGACCCUCAGUCAUACUACCCUCUGCACCCUGCUGCCCUCGACGCAUGCUUCCAGAGCUCGAUCCCGGCUGUUGUGGGCGGAGAGCGCAGUGCUUUGCGUGAAGUGCUUGUGCCCGCGCAAAUCGACGACAUGGUCAUCAACAAGAUGCCGCGCCAGCUGCAGAACGGCAUGGCCGCGGCUGAAGCAACAUGGUCAGGCCGUGGGCGCAAAGAGAAGAACCAGACUUGGACCGCCAGCAUUGCUGUCCGUGAUGCGGAGACUGGCCAGUUGUAUGUGCGUGUGCGAGGAUUGGCCAACAAUAAGCUCGACGUGCAGGAAAAAGCCGACGUUCAUGUGUUUCAAGCGCUGCGCUGGAAGUCCGACAUUUUUCUGCUGUCGCAAGACCAGUUGUUGUACAUGGACCCGUCAGGGGCCGAGGGGACUUCACUGGACGACAUCAUCGACCUUGUCGCGCACAAGACGCCGCGGCUUAAGGUACUCGAGAUAGCCAUCGACAGUGCGAGUGCAGCCGAUCCGCUUUGGCUGCAUAACAGCAGUGGCAGCGGUGUCAGGGCUGCUAGAGUCGCUUGUGCGCACUACGACUUCGCCACUUCUGAGGCGCAAACCUUGGUGGCGGUACAAAGUGCACACAAUGGGCAUGCUCGCGACUUCCAUUUGCUUCAUGCCAACCAGGACGCUCUCGGCCUGCCUGCCACGGGGCCUACGUAUGACCUUGCCAUUGUGAGAGGGCCGACCAAGACCGGCGAUGGCAUCAUCGACAAGAUUAGAUCUCUGCUCAAGCCUUGCGGAGUGUUGCUGCGCAUGCCGGAUGAGUCUGACGUGGAGAGUGCAAAUGGAAGCGGCGUGCAGACGCCGUCAUCAUCAUCAGGUGAAGCAUUGAGCGAGACCUCGGAGGGCUCCGGCUUCCUGGUGGAUACCGGUGCGUCUGCGAAAGUGCGCGAUGCCGAUGAGAUUGAAGAAAUGGUAGUUCCAGGCAUUCCAGCUGCGUGGCUAUCCAUCAAGGCACACACUCGUACAGUGGCAGCCGACGCUGGACCGCUCCUGGUUCUCCAAUUUGACGACUCAUCGCCCCCGCUUGCGCCAGGGCUGCGGACAGUGCUGACGGCGGCGGGCUGGAAGCUGAAGACAGCAUCUGUUUCCAAGCUCUCUGAUGUCUCGCAGGCCGUGGCUCAGGCGGCGGCCGUGCUGGUCGUCGACGAGAUGGCAGCGCCGGUGCUGGCAAACAUCAGCGAGCGACAGUGGGAGGCGCUGAAGCAAGUAGCUUCGUCCAGGAAACCCCUCGUGUGGGUCACCAAGGGUAGUCAGACAGCAGAACGCGUCACUGACCCCGAUCGUGCCCUCGUCCAUGGCCUGUUCCGAACAUUCCGCCGCGAAGAGUUGGGCGCGCGCCUGACAACGCUCGAUGUGCAAAGCGCUGCCAGUCCCGCCGCUCAUCGUGCAGUCGAGCGCGUGCUGAGUUCGACUUACAGCCGCCCUGAAACAUCGGACGACUACGAGUACGCUGAGCGUGACGGCGUGCUGCUCGUGCCUCGCCUCAUGAUCGACAACGAGCUCAACGCCUUCAAAGCGGCUUCCGCUGGCAUUGGCUUAGAGCCCAUCACCAAAGGCCUUCAUUCCACUAACGCCGCUGUGAGACUGCGCACCGAAGUCGUCGGUUCUCUGCAGAAGUUGGUAUGGAGCGAAACGGCCGUUUCUGACCUUCCUUUGGCAGACACCAGUGUCGAGGUGGAGGUCGUGGCCGUGGGCGCAAACUUCAAGGAUGUAGCGACCGCCAUGGGCAUUGUGCCUGAGAACGAGUACAUGCUGGGCUUCGAGUGCUCCGGCACUGUCAGACGCGUUGGUGCUGGUGCUGCUUCGCGCUUCCGCCCAGGCGAUCGUGUUGUUGCCCACACCAACGGCAGUUAUGCUAAUCGCGUCCAGACCUCCGCUGACCGCGUUCAUGCCAUUCCUGACACGAUGAGCUUUGAAGAUGCUGCGACAAUUCCAGUCGUUUACGUUACAGUCGUGUAUUCACUGUUCCAUCUUGCGCAUCUUCGCGAAGGCCAGUCCAUCCUUAUUCACUCGGCCGCUGGAGGUGUUGGGAUUGCGGCUAUCCAGCUUGCUCAGUACGCCAAAGCAGAUAUCUUCGUUACCGUCGGCUCCGACGAAAAGCGCGAGUUGCUGAUCAAAGAAUUUGGCAUAUCGCCAGAUCGCAUCUUGUCAUCACGUAACAUUGGUUUUGCCGACGCUAUCCGGCGUGCAACCAACGGCCGUGGUGUCGACGUCGUCCUCAACUCCUUGGUUGGCGAACUCCUCGACGAGUCGUGGAGGCUCACCGCCGACGGAGGCACCAUGGUAGAAAUCGGCAAGCGCGACAUUGUCGACCGCAACACUCUGGCCAUGGAACCCUUCAACCGCAACUGCUCCUUCCGCGCCGUCGAUCUCUCCUACACACCCGACAUUAGCGAUGCGCUCAUUGCCAAGCUCCUUGCCGAAGUCUUUGACCUUGUCAAUGCCGGCCACAUCGGUCCCGUCCAUCCAGUCACUGUCUAUGGGUUCGACCAAGUCAUCGACGCCCUUUCCGAGAUGCGCAGCGGAAAACACAUGGGCAAGAUUGUCAUCUCUAGCGGCACGGAGGACGUGCAAUUGCCCAUUCGCCCAGCCGUCCGCGAACUCGAGCUCAAAGCCGAUGCCACCUAUGUUCUCGUCGGCGGCCUCAAGGGUGCCUGCGGCAGUCUUGCUGUUCACAUGGCCCGCCACGGAGCACGGCACCUCAUUUCUCUGAGCAGGAGUGGUAUGGGCGACAAGGGAUCUGCUAAGAUUGUCGAGCACUGUGCAUCGUACGGCUGUGAAGUAACAGAAGCCAAAGGCGACGUAGGGGACCUAGCCUUCGUCAGCGCCCUCUUCCGCUCUGUGCAGCAUGGAUACAUUGCCGGUGUCAUUCAAGGAGCCAUGGUCACGCGCGACAAGCCGUACGAACUGAUGACCCACGACGACUACCACACGGCCAUCCACGCCAAGGUCAGGGGAACAUGGAACCUCCACCUUGCGGCGCAGCAGGAGCAGAAACAACCCCUCGACUUCUUCUCCCUGUUAUCCAGUGUCUCGGGUGUGACAGGCAUGAAAGGCCAAGCCAACUACGCCGCAGCCAACGUCUUCCUCGACGCGUUUGCGCAUUACCGCCAAUCACAAGGCCUGCAUGCCAACUCCAUCGAUCUGGGAGUCAUCGAGGACGUUGGCUUCAUUGCCGAGAUGGAAGGCGGCGACGAGCUUGCCGCACGAUUCGACCCGAAGGAAUGGCCACCCAUCAACGAAGAUAUGCUGCGUCAGAUUCUCACUUACUCGAUCCUCCAGCAGGACGAUCCCAGGAGCCCUCUUAGCGGCGUAAGUACCGCUCAGCUCAUCUCCGGUCUGGGCUACCCGCUGCCUGCAAACGCAACGCUGGCAGAUAAUCCCCGAUUCGACUAUCUCUUCAACGCGAGUGCCGGUAGUGACGCCAGUAGCGAUGAGUCUGCAUCCAGCGACAGCGCUGUCGACCAGGCUAUUCGCGCUUUCAAGGUCCAGCAUACGUCGGGCAGCCCGGACGCCGCGCUCAUCAAGACGGCACUGCAGAUUCUCCAGUCGCAGGUUACGCUGCUGCUGCGUCUUGAGACGGAGAUUGAGCCAGGCAAGCCUCUGCUGUCGUAUGGUCUUGAUUCGCUGUCGGCUGUUGAACUGCGUGGCUGGAUUAGGCAUCGCCUUGGGGCGGAGUUGAGCACCCUGGAUAUUACGAAUGCGAGCUCGCUUGUUGCGUUGUGUGAGAAGUUGGUGGAUAAGCUACCGAGGGCGGAUGGGGAUAAGUGA